AUGGCUACCCUCAAACUUCGCUGGGAUCGCUUUCAUUCCUACACUCUGUGGUCGUGGUCGGCCGGGUCCGAACAUAAGACUGCGGAAGUCGUCAAGCGCAUCAGCUCCACCAUCCACACCGCUCGCCUUGGUCCUCGUCUAGAAGCACCUUCCGAGGUCGUAAUUAUUAAGCUUGCCCGUGGACAAAGUGCUUUCGAAAAGCUUGCUCAGGAAGCUGAUAUCUACACAAACGAGCUGCGGCAUCUGCAGGGCACCGUCGUACCUAAAUUCUAUGGACUUUACAAGGGGAAAGUCGACGGCAUCGAUUUAGGCUGCAUGGUCCUCGAGUAUUGCUCUGGUCUGCCAAUAUGGGACGCCCGAGAAUUCAACCGACAAGUUAUGAUUGCCUCGUGCAAGAUUCACCAAGCUGGUUUGCUUCAUGGGGAUCUAAUGAAUGGGCGACAUAUCAUGAGAAUGGGUACCAGCGUUCGCAUCAUCGAUUUCUCCUCAGCUAUUCGACACACCUGCACCAACAGCGUCCCGACACUAUUGGGUCCGAGUUACUCGAGCGAUCGACCAGGACCCACCUGUUGCCCGGAGCUCGUCAAUUUGGAAAGGACUUAUGGAAUCAUGACCGAUGCACCCACCUAUUCCGAAGCAUCAAUCGCCAUGGCACGAUUCUGGUGUUCAUAA